GUGGGGAGAGGCGGUUUUACAUCCUGGACGGCUCACUUAGAGAGGACGGGUAAUAUCUUGUAUCUAGUCAGGAACUACUCAAAUCUGCAACGUCGGUUUGGAAAGAUAUUUCGUUGUAAAACAGUGGCUGCAGAGGGUAGACUUUGAUACUUGACCACGCUAUGCCACAGCCUGUCUUUCUUUGCUCUUUGGAGGAAAUGGGAGUGUUAGGAAGUACUCCUCCUGAAUUAGUGGCGCAACAGUUUUCCACAGCCGCUGAUCUCUUCGGGUAACUCUGCGGAAGGGUUAUACUCUCGACAAAGGCCACCAUGGAACCGCUGCGUUUUGUUUUAGGGGCGUUUUGAAAAUACUGGAAACAGUUUUUCUAAGUUUAAAUGUUAUUCUUUUCGACUUUUACUUUUGGGCACGUUUGAGGAAGUAUGGCUUCUUUCCAGCUGCUUAUUUUCUUGGGAUACUUUGCGACUGCGCAAGCUGGCCAUGUUCUCGAUUGUACCAACGACUAUGAGAAGAUAUUUUGCCAGCUGGCGGUGAAAGAGUGCUCAGAAUACACUGUAAAUAUCACGAAUGACGAAGGAUAUAAAAUAGAGAAUUGCUCUUUGGAGCAGUGUAACAUCGAUCAGUGUUGCUGCUCUGUGAAUUUUCUACCUAUCCCGGGGGAAACUCACACUGCAAAAGCCCUAAAAGGAAGCACAGAAGUGGACACCAAAACAAUCGGACUCAGCGAAAGCUUUAAGCCAAAAACUCCAACAAUUGUCAGUGUGGAAGAAUUUAACGGGAACUUUGCUGUCCGCUGGAUGACAAACAUGACGAAUUUUCUUGAACCACUGACCGCUGAAGUGACUGUCUCCAAAAAAGGAGACAGGAAGAAGGUUUUUAAACAAAUCAAACCAGCAGUAGUUAAUGGACUGCAGAGCUUUGAAAUAAGUGGUCAAGACCUGGAGCCAGGAACAGUGUACAUGGUCAGCGUGAGGAGCUACACGGACAUGAGUCAGAUGUUCAGCGACAGAAGCGAAGAAUAUAAAUUUGAAACCUCUGGCUCCCAAAGCUUGUUAUUCCUGGGAAUCAUCAUUGUUCUCAGCGUAUUUGGAAUCAUCUUGUUUUUCUCAGUUUACAUCUGCUUUGUAAGGAUCAAAAAGAAGUUGUGGGACAGUUUUUCAGAUCCAAAAAAACUUGUUGUGGCUGCCAGGAAGCCAGAGUAUUUAACACCAAUGUAUACCACCACCUCACCUGUCUUGGUUAAGCCCCCCCCUACAAGCGACGACAACCAAAUGCUGAAGAUGGCAAUUAAUCAGAGAGAAGAUGCCAGUAUGAAUCAGAACAGCAGUGGAAUCGACACAUGCUCUUCAGAUUCUUGUUAUGGUCAAGCAGAACCUGACCAUAAGGCUAUCAUUAGUGGUGCUCUUCGUAAAGCCUUACAAGACUGCAUCCCAAAAAACCUCGUCUCGCCUAUUGCAAAAGUUGGGCUUCCGCCUAUUACCCAGGAUGAGUGGGAGGCCAGACACAUGGAAAAUGAAACAAGUUCUGGAUCAUCUGGCAUAGUCAAUCGUAGCUAUUUUAUGUCUGUUCCCAGCUCCCCGAAUCAGACCAUGGAGCACAAUUCUACAGACAAAUUGCAAGACAACUCAAGCUAUUCAUGCAAAAGCGACACUGUGAACCUUCCUGACCAACAGGUGACUGCUUGUCUGUUUUCUGCACUGAAAGAUAUCUCAUCUCCUGUGCUAGUAGACCCAUCGUAUCGGCCAUGCAAAGUAAACCCCAAAAGAUCCUCUUAUGCAGAAAACACCAGUUUGUCCUCCACCUCCAGCGACACCAUCACCUGUGAGUCCAGGGUUGGGGCUGGCUUUGAGAGAUCUGAUGAAGUGUCUGCUGACUCAGUAAAGGUGAUGCUCUUGUUCUCAAGCCGUGAGCCCUCAGGGUCAGACAGCUGUGCUGUAGUUGUAGAUGAUUACAAGCCAUUUCCAGUCAAAGUGGAUCAGGCAGAUGUUUUAAUUUCAGAAAAGCAAAGCAGUGAACAUCAUCAACGUUUGAAUGUGAAUCAAGAUGGGAGUGUUGACAAGUUCUCUCAACACCGCUUGAUUCCAGGUUUGAAUAAAUUGAUUGGUCCAUGUCCUACUGUGCUGCAGACUCCAUAUUUCCCCAUGAUGUCUACUGAAUUGCCUAUCCAUGUAAUGAUGAAAAUGGGCUAUAAAUGUGUGUAGGUAUUAACCGAUGCUUUGGUUCAAGAAUUUAUACUUUAAGUUGUGGAAACUGCAGCAAAGCUGCCCCACUUCAAGAACCAAUAUGUAGCGGCGCCAGCUGUUGGGUCUGUUCCAUGUCAUUUUUAGAGUAGGCGAUAUUGACCAAGUUGUUUACAGUAUAACUUUAUUUAUUUUUUUUACCCCUCCCUUCUUGCUAAAUAGUAUCAGAGAUUUAAUGUCCUUUAACAAGAAUGGGACUUGAAGAAUAAGAUGAGAUGUACCAAACAAGGCUGAAAACUGUUGUAAAUACUUUUUCAUUCCCUACUUUGAGAAUAUUUUUUAAAAGUGACUUUAUUUUGUACCGUGGUCAAUUGUUUUUUUCGUGAUGUAAAAUAUGAACAUGUUUCUACAUGUUGUAAGUUAUGAGUCAGAGGCAUCUGUUUUGAAACAAAAUCUCCUUUUUUGUUCAUGCUUAAAGAAAAAAAAGAGUAAGAUAAUAUGUUUCUAUCAGAUGGCAUGUUUUGUUUGUUCCUUAAAUAAAUUUCAGUAUUUGUGUACAACUGUGUAAAAGCUAAACUGAGCUUUUUACAGGAGAAAACAUAGUUUAAACAGACUUGUGUGUCUGAAACAGUUGCAACACAGAGCCUGGUCUGUUUAGGGUUAAGAAAGUACUUCCUUAUAGCUGUUCUCUGGAGUUGAUGACUCUUUUCCACAGAAGUGUCACAAUCACCCAGCAUGUUUUGUUUACCACAACGAAUAGAGAAAUAAGUAGAGUGUAAGAGAUUAUGGUCUACUCGCUAAAAGUGAAACUUAUUAGGUUUAUUUUGCAGAAAAUGGUUCAAAUAAAACAACUAUUAAAUAUAGACAUAAACAUAUGCUUUGGCUGGAUUUUGUAAUAAAUGAUAGUAUUGGCAAGUAAUGUUUUUAUUGUGCAGUGGGUGUAACAGGAGAAAUGCUAUUUAAAAAUACAAAUAAAUCAUUAUUUGUAUGCUAGCUUUUAGUGUUUUCAAGAAUAAAAUGAGCUAACGGCAACAGCUUACAAAUACAGCUUUUUUUUUAAAGUAUAAUAGAAAAGAUAUAAACAGAGAAGCAAAUAAAAUGCUCUAAAAAUUUCAAACCUUAGUGAUAUAGCAAAGAUUAUAAUAUGCUGUUUUGAAUACAUUACUUAUGUGACAGUUAAAACCAAGGUCACAGGUCAAAAGUGGCUUCAAGGUUUCUGACCUCCACAAAUACUUCUAUGCAUAAUUGUAUCAUUCUUUUGCUUCUCAUUUCAAACAAUAAGAAACUCAGUUUUGUCUUUAAUUGUAAAAAAAUUCAGACACAUCCACGUGUUUCUGUCAUAUGUUCCAUUAAGCAAAGAAAUAACCGAUCUGUGAACAUC